AUGGCUGCAGCUCGCGACCCUGGAAGCCACCUUGAUCGCCUGCCAGAUGAGCUCCUUCUUCAGAUCAUAGAACAAGAGUGGUAUCUUUCGGUUCGUGACCUGAUCUCGUUGGCAUGUACCAGUCGUCGCUACUACAGAAUUGCCAUUCCUGUUGCCUAUAAGGCGCAUGUCAAGGACGAGCACGGCGUAGCUAUCUAUUGGGCUAUUGAAAACGAGGAAUUUGGAACGCUGAAGCGGCUUGUUGAAAGUGGGGUGGAUGUGAACAUGCUUGACGAAAACGGCCUGCUCUGGGGCACUGACGUUCUCUUCAACAUCCACGAUUACUACUACAACAUCCAAAAUGAUGUACAUCCUCCUUCAGGAGCUCAUUUCUCCCCGCUUGCAUGCGCCGCAAGUCACGGACAGGAUUCUGUAGUAGAGUAUCUGUUGGACCAUGGUGCAGAUAUCGAGUCAGAAUCAGCAAAGCUGUGCAGUUGUUGCUCUGAAUUGCUCCGCGGCCCAGAAUUCCUCCCAAAUCGCCCCGAAUUUUACGACAGAGACCCUGACUAUGUGGACGAAAGACCCGCAAAUAUGUGUCCAUACGCCGACCCGGAUGAUUUUUUCUCAUGGUGGACACCCUUGCAUUACGCGAUAUGCAAUCAACACACUUCUACUGCAGAAUUGCUGAUUAAGCGAGGUGCCAAUUCCCAAGAUGUCGAAGGAGAUGUCACAGCCCUUCAUAUUGCGACACGUUGGGAAAUGGAAGAAACAAUCGACUAUCUGAUCGACAACGACCUUGUUGAUAUCGACGCCCAAAACCGCAACGGUGUUACAGCUCUGCACAUGGCCUAUAUUGCAGACAGAGAUGAUCUGGUAGAUGAUUACUUGGACCGCGGCGCGGAUAUCAAUCUGGCCUUUUCCGAUCAAUCGGGAUCUUGGACAAUCUUCGCAAUGGCGUGUGCAGAUAUGCUAUUUGAACAAGCUCUGCAGUAUCUGCGGAUAGGCGCUGACCCGCACUUUCUGUUCGAAGAGGACGAUGACGACCCAUGGACAGUGAUGAGGUUCAUCUGGGGUCGCGGAGACUCACGCGACUACCCACUUGAGGAGAUUGAGGCAAGGGUAGCUCUGGAGCAGGAGGUCAUCGCCGGCAGCAGCGCCUCAAAAUCUUCAGCUACUUGA